CAGCACGGUCGAGUCUGCCGGGAGGGGGUUUCUGUUCAACAGCUCCGUAACGAUUAUUUCUUUCGGAAACUUGGUCGGAAUUUGUAUUUAUACAUAACAACGUCUUCUUUUUAAAAUUUAUUUAAAGUCAAUCGUCUAUUUUCAUCUUUACCGUUGAUUCUAGGUCGUAAUUUGUACCAGAAAAAACAGGAAAGCUAAGUUUUCAGGACAGUCGGUUCGUGCUAACAAAGAAAAUCCUUUCUCUUGAGAAAUAAUCCCCCACUACUCUCUUUAGUUAUGAGUCAUGUGGUCGCUGAUAAUCCACACGGUCUAGAUCAGCAGCUUGCUGCCCUAGACUUGAACUCUGCUGACGGACAAGGCGGAGGAACUGGCAGGCGUUACAUUCCACCUCACUUGAGGAACAAAGAGGCUUCUAAAAACGCAGGAAAUGCUUAUUCCGCUGGUAGACAGUGCGGUUAUUCAGUGGCACCAGUAAAUUUCUAUUCACCUGGAUGGGAUGGCGGACGAAGCAAUGGAUUUGUGAAUGGUUACCACGACAACCGCACAAACGGGGGCUAUGGAGGGCGCGGACCCUCUCGCAAUGAUAGAGGUGGGCGCGGCGCCUACCGUGGUAACAGGGGUGGAGGCUCGUUUAAUCAACCAUUGCAAAACGCAGGGUUUGGCACUUAUGAAAACAAAGAGGGCGGCUGGGGAGGACAACCCAGGGAUGCUGCCUACAACAGCUUCGGAGGACGUAACGAUAGGUCCAAGUCUGCCUUCUUCAAUGACCGUGGGGCGGGCUCAAGAGGAAGAUAUGAGCGUGGGGGCUUUGCUGGUGGAGGAAACAGCCGCUGGGUGGAGGACUCCAGAGAUGACGACUGGUCCAAGCCCACUGCUCCAAAUGAGCGCCUGGAACAUGAGCUUUUCUCUGGAAGCAACACUGGCAUAAACUUUGAGAAAUAUGAUGAUAUUCCCGUGGAGGCCACUGGGAGCAACUGCCCACCACACAUUGAAAGUUUCCAUGAUGUGGACAUGGGAGAGAUUAUCAUGGGGAACAUCACCCUGAGUCGCUACACUCGUCCCACUCCGGUCCAGAAACAUGCUAUCCCCAUCAUCAAGUCCAAAAGAGACCUGAUGGCCUGCGCCCAGACUGGCUCUGGUAAGACUGCUGCCUUCUUGCUGCCAGUGCUGAGUCAGAUCUACACUGAAGGACCAGGAGAUGCUCUGCAGGCAGCCAAGAACAGUGGACAGGACAAUGGACGGUACGGCCGACGUAAACAGUACCCAAUCUCCCUUGUCCUGGCUCCCACCAGAGAGCUGGCUUUGCAGAUCUAUGAUGAGGCGAGAAAGUUUGCCUAUCGCUCUCGCGUGCGUCCCUGCGUCGUGUAUGGCGGUGCUGAUAUUGGCCAGCAGAUAAGGGACUUGGAGAGAGGCUGUCACCUACUGGUGGCCACACCUGGACGUCUGGUUGAUAUGAUGGAGAGGGGCAAGAUCGGUCUGGACUACUGCAAUUACUUGGUCCUGGAUGAGGCUGACCGCAUGUUGGACAUGGGUUUUGAGCCACAAAUCAGACGCAUUGUGGAGCAGGAUACGAUGCCACCUAAAGGCAUCCGCCAGACCAUGAUGUUCAGUGCAACCUUCCCCAAAGAGAUCCAGAUCCUGGCUCGUGACUUCCUGGAUGACUACAUUUUCCUGGCAGUUGGGCGUGUUGGUUCCACUUCAGAAAACAUCACCCAGAAGGUUGUCUGGGUGGAAGAGACUGACAAGAGGUCCUUCCUUCUGGACUUGCUCAAUGCCACAGUUAUUCCCAGUGAGGUUCAGGAAAAUGUGACAGAGGCCCCAGAGAAACCGGGUAAAGACUCCUUGACUCUGGUGUUUGUGGAAACAAAGAAAGGCGCAGAUGCUCUGGAAGACUUCCUGUACCACGAGGGUUACGCCUGCACCAGCAUCCAUGGAGAUCGAUCCCAGAGAGACAGGGAGGAAGCUCUGCAUCAGUUCAGGUCUGGACGCUGCCCCAUCUUGGUGGCUACAGCUGUGGCUGCUAGAGGUCUGGACAUCUGCAAUGUGAAGCAUGUCAUUAACUUUGACUUGCCCAGUGACAUUGAGGAAUACGUUCACCGUAUUGGCCGUACGGGACGUGUGGGCAACCUCGGUCUGGCCACGUCGUUCUUUAACGACAAAAACAGCAACAUAACCAAAGAUUUGCUGGACAUUCUGGUUGAGGCCAAGCAGGAGGUUCCCUCCUGGCUUGAGAGCCUGGCCUACGAGCACCAGCACAAGAGCAGCAGCCGUGGACGCUCUAAGAGGUUCUCUGGCGGGUUCGGAGCUAGAGAUUACCGUCAGACGUCUGGUGGCUCUGGAAACUUUAGUAGCAAUCGUGCAGGGCGAAACACUGGAGGCCAUGGGGGAAACCGUGGCUUUGGAGGUGGGUUUGGGAGCAACUUCUACAGCAAUGACGGCUACGGAGGAAACUACAGCCACUCUGGUAGUGUGGAUUGGUGGGGCAACUAGUCACCAUAGGAAUAGGUUGCCAUGCCAACCCAACCCAAUGGAAACCACAUGUUAACUUAAGCCAGACCAUAACAACCCUCCCUGUGUAGCUUCACUGACACACAGUACAUUACCAACCCUGGUUCUCUGCCAUUCGCUUCUCUCAAAACGGAAGUGCAGCACGACGCAAAGGAAAGUCACCAGCACCGUGCAACGCACCGGAGACCGCAGAGAUUCGCACACCUCAGAGUGAGCAUGGAUGCUGACAUGCAUUGUCCGACAGCAACCUCGGACUUUCAUUGUUAAAAGUAUUUUUGUUCUUUUUGUGGGGGGAAAAAACCCAAUUGAGUAACCUGAGGAUCAUUUGUAUGUUAAUGUACUGUGCCUUUUGAAUUUAAACAGGAAAUCUAUGUUUUCAUUUCACCAGAUGAAUAUGGCCAAGAGCUCUAAAUUUGUUUUUACUAUUAUUUUGUUUGGUGAAAAUAUAUAAAGAUAUAAAAAAAAAAAUAGGCUUGUACUUAAUCAAACCUUGGCAAACACUGGGGUGUUGUGGCUCUGAGUCACGAUUCCAUUUGAACUUCAAAUUUAUUGCAGUAACAUCAUGUAGCUUUUUCUAUAGUCAAACAGCUAAUGGAGCCAUUACUAUAUCUAACAUAAACUGGGCCACUCUGUGAAGCAACCAUAUUUUAAUCCUAAAAGGACAAAGUUACAUUUGUUUUUCUUGUUCUUUUUUGCUCACUCUAUCCUGGACAGGCUCCUUUUUACGGAUAUGGUAGUCUUUGAAAUAGCCAUUCCUAUUGUAAUCUUAAGAAACACAGAAGUCAUUAAGCUCAGUGCCAACAAUCGCUGAGGUUGAAACAAGAAUAAUCAAUGCUGGAACUUGUUACUCCACACUUUUCAAUUGACUUGACAGUGUUACGGCAGCUAGUAUGUUACCAAGUGCUAGCUACAUUAAGUGGGCGGUGUUUUUUGUUUAUUUUUACUUGAGACAUUUUCGGUGCAGGUGUAUGCAAAAUUGAAAAACUGAGUCAGUUUUUUGAUUUGUUUUGUUUUUGAGUUGUUUCUCUACAAAUAUGUAUCAAAACAAAAAAUGCCUGCCAUCUUGAAAGUGAAGUUCAAAAUGGCUGCAUGCAUAAAGGACCACAGCAUCGGGAGGGCACAGCGUGGUGUGUUAGUGUUUUAACUGAGUCGACCUGCAACCAUGAGGCCCAGAUGGUAUUCUACGCUUGCAAGUGUUUUGUUUUUUGGUCAAGGAGGAAGGACACGUGAACUGAGUCGCAGGCUUAACUUAAUUACAAACGUUUUCUCUUUUCAAGCUGCGUUGGAGGCAUGGUUCAUCUUUAAGAGACAGGCAUUUGAAUGAUCACUGAGGUUUUCAAUUAAAACAGCAAGCAACGGAGCAGGGUAGAAGCAGCACUCUGGCCACUGGGGUUUAGGGGGGAAUAGGGGGUAGGCGUUGGGCGCAGUUUUCAGUGCACCGCUGUUGUCAGUGGCUUUGGUAUCCAUUGCUACGUAGUGUAACUGUGGAGGUGGCCAAAGAUGGGGUUGGGAGAGUGUCCACUUUUGUUAUGGAACAUUAAAAGUACUGUCAGGUCCUCUGGGAGAUUCAUCUGCGGCUUUGCGAAGCCAGAGCAGGCUUUUCCUCUCAAAGAGGAGCAGCCAUCGAGACGAGGAGAGAUGGGGGUGUUUCAACCUCAAAAAAAUAAAAAAUGCUCCCAGUUUUCUCAUCGGGUGUGUUGUGCCUUGAAACCUUUUUUUGUUUUUUAAAGAAAUUGAACUAAAAGCGGAUGCACUGACAGUGUUGAGAACUUGAGAUUGAAUGGUGCUACUUGAUUUAGGUGUGUAGGCCCUUGUACGUCGUGCCCAUCAAGUUUUACAAAAAGUUGUUUUAUUGCACAUCUAGAGUUUUAUAUAGAUGUCUUGGAUAUGUGUCCUUAAGCUUCCAAAUAUUGUGUGUGAGGAGAUUGUGGAAAAAACGCAGCUUGUUUACAAAGGGGAAGGGUUCUCAACGUUUAAACCAGGAUUUAUUUGGGACCAGGGGAUUUAGCAGUCAGGGGAAUUUAGCCAUUUGCACAGAUUUCUAGAUUCUACUUUUGCUGCUAGUUUUGUGUAAUUUAUUAAGCAUUUUUGACAAAUAUUUAUUUUUGUAAGCCUCAAAGUGAUUCUUUGAAAGUUUCAGAAACUUGACCAAAAGACAGUACAAAAAACACUGGCACUUGAAUGUUGAAUGUCACCUGUAUGCGUGAAAUUUAUAUAUUUCGGGGUAGUGUGAGCUUUUUAAUGUUUAAGAUACAUUGGACAGAGUAAAUAAUAUCCACAGCUGUUUCAGGGCCUCCUCAGGGCCGGUCAUCUCUAUUAGAAUAUACUAAUUUGUCAACAAAAUUUGAAAUGGAAUUGAACAAACAUGCCAAGGUUUGGAAUAAAGCUGUAAAAAGAGCAAACAAAUUUCCUAAGCAUAUCAGUGCAGAAGUGUUCAGAUUCUCCAAUUGUGUGCAUUAUUGAUUCUUUAUUCUAAUUUGACCUGAUAAUUAUUUUUCUCCAGUGAAUGUCUGGCACAUGGCAAUCCUUAAAGAAACAAACAUGUGGUUUAUUCUCAUUGUUGUAUUUGCAUAUAUGACGCCUCUUGAGUUCUCCUUGAAUGUGGAGCAGGUCUGCAGGAUUGAUUUCCAAAGCGGCUCCUUGUCGCUGCUGUUUGGGAUGAACAGGUGGCUGCUGCAACUGCAGGCAAAACCCGAGACUUGUUCCACGAUCUCUGGAGAACCCUAGAAGUCUUUAGAUGUAGACUUUGCUUUCUGUAUUAGCUUAUAGGCUACUGCACUGCAUGGGAAAUACUCAGCUGUGCAAAUUGUAUGAUUUUACCAAAAUAAAAAAUGUUUUGAAUGCAAAAAGUAUCUGGAAAAAUCAAGCAUGUUUCAUGAAGACUUGUUUACCAUAGAUGUGCAGAGAAGAUCUGUAGCAAGCGGCCUGUUGCCUUGUGUGGAUACGAGGCAGAUGGGCGGCAAAACUCAAUUUGGUAUAGAUUGGAUGGGCUUCAUUUCUUUUGGAAAAAAAAUACAUAAAGAUUUCAUUUGUAAAUUCA